AUGUGAGUGACGCAACUGUGCGCCGGAAGAAGGUGGUACAUGUUGCUGGCGGGAAAACCAUGAAAACAAUCAGGAUUUGUCAAAGACAGAAUAAGCGUUAACGCAUCAUUAUAUGUACCUAACAAUGUCUAGUUAAGUGCCUAUGUUGCAUCUCUCUUCUUCUCCUCACCCCCUCUGUGAUUUAGUUUUAUUUCUUCGAGCAGUACGAUGGUUCAAAUAAUCAUAAAUUCAAGUGUGGAUGGGGCUGGUCCUGCUGAGUGGCUUCUGGUUGAACUCCAGGGGGAGAUGGUGUCCAGGCAGAACUCUGGACUGGCUGGGAACCUGAUGGGAGAUCUGCUCUACACCAAAGAGGGUGUGCCUGUGCUCAUCGUGGGACACCACAUCCUCUAUGGAAAGGUGGUCAAACUGGAGAAGCCCUUCGCUGUCCUGAUGAAACACUCUGGCCUCCCGCAGGGGGACGAGGUUCCCAUGGAAACCAACCAUCAGAACCCCACCACCUACUCUGUCGCCGCCCUCAUCAAGAAGAAGCUAAUCUUCAAGACUCGCCCAAAGCCCAUCAUCACUAAUGUGCCAAAGAAAGUGUAGUAAAGUACUUGGUCGUAUGCAUUAGGGCUCACUGUCGAAAAACCCUUUUUACUGAAACAUUUGACAUGUUCAUAUUGUCCCUCUUUGUUUCAGUGUUCCGUUUUGUGCCUAAUGACCCUGGUCACCUCUGUGGGAGGAAAGUACAUGCUGUUCUCUUAAUGACAUCAAAUCCACAAGUAUGGAGCACACAGUGCAAGACUGUAUUUGGGACACACUCCUCUGGCUUGAGGUUAUCGACCACUGGAACUAGACUGUGUACAUAUUUGUUUAGAUAUGUAAGUGGUUAUGCUCCUCGAAUUUGCUGUAUGCGGUGGUGUAUUAGUAAAAUCAAGAUAUUUCAAUCAUUUUUGCAUUUUUAUGACAUGAUUUAAUGUGUUGAUAUGCCAUUUGUACUGUGUUUAUUUUCCGAUGGGAAAUGAAUCAAUAUAACAGUGGAAUGAGCAUGUUUUUAUUCAGAUACAAAAACAUACAGUUUUUCAACCGCUGUACAAGUGUAAAAAAUAAAUGUUCUGAUUGAAAUGUAAAUACAAAACCUUUUUCCAAAAACAUGUAUUUUAUACUGUAUUUAAAUAUGUUCAUACUGAAAUACAUGGGUGGUUACAAUACUUUAUUUUCAGCUAUUCUAUACCAAUAAAACUAUAUGUGUUAUGUUGUGUAUCAAUAGCCAUAUGCUGUUGCUUGAUUCUGAGAGGUUUUUUAAAUGUUUUUUUUUUACCGUGCUACUGUUAGAAAUGUUAUCUGUUGGUUAAUUACUUCUACAUGACAUUUAUACCUACCUGUUCUAAAUCUACAUAUCAUCCCUAAAUGGUAAUAUAAAAUAAGUCUUAUCUCUCAUCCAUGUAACUUCACAAAUACCAGUGUAGCAAUGUUGAGCUCUAGAGACCAAACCACACUGAAUUCACUGACCAUGAUGUGCUAGCUACAUCAUACUAUAAACAUGAUGUAAACAGCUGUUUCAUGAAAUGUCAGAACUCCAUAAUUCCUUUUAAAUAUAAGCCUGUUCUUCACGCCAUCAUUCUUAAUGCAUCUUCAAAAUAUCUUUGUAAAUGUUCAAUACAGAAAAUAUAUUACUUUGCAAUAUUCUUUGAAACAUUGCCUUUUGUAAACAUUGAAUGAUGUAUGAGCUGAGCUGCCAUGGCUUUUUGGUUAGGCUCAACAGUCGUUCUGCGGCAUUGAGAGAAUGCCUAGAACAUUCUGGUGUCGAUUUUAAGUCACGUUAAGACUUAUUGAAUAGUUCUAUAAUUAUAUUCAAACAAGUUCUAUUAUAAGAGUGUUUUUCCAUGUAAGAUAUGCCUACAAAAUAUGGGUGGACAUCUACUGUCACUCAGCGUUAUGAGACCCAUUGAUUUAUUGUCAAACGUGAGUGGUCGGAAACUGUCACAGCUCAAGGGUCUGAGUGUACAUCAGAGGCAGGAAGUAUUGAGGAAAUCAAAAACGGCAUGAAAGACAAUAUUGUAGACUGAGAGCUGUUCAGCCUGAUAGAUACGCUACUAUAACAAAUAUUGUAUAUGAUAUCUACACACCAUACAACAUCAAUAACAGUCCUCUCUCUCUCUAUUUUAUUUAUGCCUCUAAUUUCUUCAUGUAAUCCCAAUAUCUAUACUACUGUGAGUCUUAUUACACAGUCACAUUACAUACACCCUUGAAAGUAGAGGGAAACAUUCCUGUGGCUAAUGUUGAGGUUGCAGUUUUGAGCCCCAACAACAGCAAACUCUGAUUUACAGCCAAGACAACACUGCAAAUGCAUAUAGAUGGCCGAUCUACCAAGUUUGUACUUUAAUAUCUACUCAGACUGUGUGGUCAUGGAAAUAUACUGUACCGUCAAAUUGACCUACUGCGCCAGAGGCUGAGCAACCCUGUAAACAAGUGUUGUUUCUUGUGUCUUGUUUGCACUUUCAAGUUAUGCAAUUCUCACUGAAUAAAAUAAUAUUGACACAACUUAAAAAGCACAAGAGUGAAAAUUUCCACGACAGUAUCUCCAUUCUCCAACAACAAAAACAUACAGUAUCUCCAUUCUCCAACAACAAAAACAUACAGUAUCUCCAUUCUCCAACAACAAAAACAUACAGUAUCUCCAUUCUCCAACAACAAAAACAUACAGUAUCUCCAUUCUCCAACAACAAAAACAUACAGUAUCUCCAUUCUCCAACAACAAAAACAUGUCAACUUAGACAUGGCACCUACACUAAUACCAAUGGCCUUGUUAAAAGGGGAUCAUGGUUUUCUAUUUUCUUAUUCUGAAUUAAACAACUAAUAACAGCAAUGUGGAGUUAGUACUUGCAUUAUACUAAUGGUCAGGCAUGCGGUCAAAAAACAAGUGGUCUUUGGUCAUAGCAGUUUACAUGAUGGAAUGAAUGGUAAAUUGGUAAAUUAUAUCCUGUACUGAGCAUUGAUACUCUAUGUAAUGUGUAUACAAUGUGGCACUCAUACAAUAAAAUGCCCACACAAAAUUAAUUGACUCAUUUAAUUGGAUUUAAAUAUCCUUGCAGGCAUUGGAAGAUUGGACUAUUACCAUAUGAGCUAAACUUUUAUCUUGGGCACUGUUCAACAGCACCAAAAAUGUAUUUAUGGGUUAUGUAUAAAUGUUGGAUUGUCUUUAAAUUACUGUAUUAAAUAAAUACAACUGUA